AUGUUAGAGAAGUUGUCCACCGUCAAGCCAUAUUUAAAACCAUUGUAUCUUGGUGUGUGCUUUUUCCUCCUCUUUGCGGGGUAUCAAACAACUCAAAAUUAUCAGUCAGGUAUUAAUGAAACAGAUGGGUACAUCUCCGUUGCACUCGUGUAUGGCUUUUUUGGGAUUGGCCAAUUUGUGACGCCGCUUGUCAUCUAUUUUUUAACACCGAAAUACUCACUCUUUUUUGCGGGCAUUUUCUAUGUCUUUUAUAUAGUGACUAAUGUGUACUUGAUUCGACCGUUAUACUUUGUGGCAUCAGCUGGUUGUGGUUUGGGUGCUGCUUUGAUAUGGUCUGCGGCCGCCGUCUUAUUAUCUGGAUACGAGCAAGAGUGUCCAAAAGGCCCAUUUUGUUACACUGCUUUUUACUUUCCGUAUUACUCAUUCUUUGUUGGGAACUUUGUUCCAUUGAUUAUUGACCCGUCGAAGAAGGAGAUGAUGUUCAUGGUGUUAUCAAUCAUCGCUGCUGUCGCAGUCAUCAUGUUUUUGUUUGUUCAAGACUCAGAGCCAACACCACCAGAGUCCAUUCCAAAAGUACUUCUUUCGACAGUGAAAGCGUUUAUUAUACUUCCACUAAUGUUACUCUUCCCAAUCGCAGUUUCUUUUGGUGUCUGUCUGUCGUACUAUUACACCACAAUGCCAGUUUUGAUGCCAAUCAAUAUGACUUCAUUGAUAUACAUUUGUAUGGGAUUGGGGAUGAUUAUUUCUACGUUUUGUUGGGGGUUUUUAGUGCGGUUGUUUGGUGAGAAAUGGGUUUUAGUGAUACCGUUGUGUUGUUCAGUCAUUGCUGGUGUCUUAGGUAUUUUGCUUGAGGAAGUCGAAAUGAAUGAGACUGGCAAAAAUGUUGUUGCGUGUUUAUUAGGAGCAAUCAGUGGGAUAUCAGACAGUGGGAUUGACUCAUUAAUAACUGCGUUUGUUAAUAGAGUUUGGCCGAAAGAAAUAGCGCCGUUGUGUGCGUGGAGGAUAGUGUAUUUGCUUUCGAUGUGUAUUGCAUUACUUUAUUCGGCAUUUAUUAGCCGGACAAUUGUUAUUGGAAUCGAAAUUGGGUUGGCAGUCAUCGCACUCUUUUCGAUAUUUAUUGUAAUCUUUUUGUAUAAACGAGUCUUCCAACGCGUCGAAGAUGAGAACAAUGAAAAAGUCAAAGAGCUUGAAGAGAGCGACAAAGAGAAGAGAAGCGAACAAGUCCAAGAAAAGGAAGCAACUGAAGGGAAAAGCACAAGCACUGACAAAGAAAUGAGUAUUGAGAAGCCCGAGAGUGAUCAGAAUGAAAGUAAAAGCUCAAUGAGUAGUGAAGAUUUGACAACAAUGAUCGCAAACGAGGAUUUAAGAAGUCAGGGGUUAAUCGAUCUUUAA